GCGGGGGGCGUGGCCUGGUGGGAGGAGGCAGCAGGAGAUCGAGGCCGGGGACACGUACGGAGCGGAGCGCGGCGGUGACGGAGGCGGCAGCCAGUGCAGUUCCCCGAAGCGAAGGGUGCAUCCCACCCACCUGCCAGCGCCAUGGACGUGUUCAACCGGAACAUUGACUUCAACGCGCUCUUCAAGUUUUCCCACAUCUCUGCCUCCACCCAGCAGCACCUGAAGAGGGUCUAUGCCAGCUUUGCUCUCUGCAUGUUUGUGGCAGCAACCGGAGCCUACAUCAAUGUGGUGACCCAUCUGCUCCGGUUCAACCUACUCUCGGGCCUGGGCUCCCUGGGACUGCUGAUCUGGCUGAUGGCCACGCCCCACAGCAGGGAGACGGAGCAGAAGAGGCUGGGGAUACUGGCUGGCUUUGCCUUCCUGACUGGAGCCAACCUGGGUCCUCUCCUGGAAAUGUGCAUCACCAUCAACCCUAGCAUCAUCCCCACGGCCUUCCUGGGCACCGCUGUGAUCUUCAGCUGCUUCUCCCUGAGCGCCCUCUACGCCAGGCGUCGCAGCUUCCUGUACCUGGGGGGGUUCCUGCUCUCUGGCCUCUUCCUGAUGCUGCUCUUCUCUUUGAUCAACGUCUUCGUGGGGUCCACUUGGCUGUUCACGGCUAACCUGUACCUUGGGCUGAUGGUCAUGUGCGGGUUCGUCCUCUUCGACACACAGCUCAUCAUCGAGAAGGCAGAGAGUGGGGACAAGGAUUACAUCUGGCACUGUGUGGAUCUCUUCCUGGAUUUCAUCAACAUUUUUCGGGAGCUCAUGAUCCUGCUGGGGAUGAACGAGAACAAGAAGAAGAAGGAGAAGUGAAGCGACGCCAGGUGCCGGUUGGGUGGAGCCCCCAUCCCCCCCAUCUCCUGCCCCCCAACACAUUAAAGGGGCUGUGCUCUGCCAGCCACAGGCAGCCAGUCGCUUUCCUAUUUUGUGGGUUGUUUUCUCUUGUUUGAGCUUAUUUUGAUUAGAAACCAGCUGUUUAGCAGCUCCUCCUCCUGGAGUUUGGUUUCCUCUUCCUGCCCGCAGCUUGCUCCUGGGGAGACCUGGGCCAGCCACAUGCAGGCAUCCCUUCCCCCGCAGCUCCUGCCCCCCCCGUGCCCCCCCGCCCCCCCCUCAGCUCCACUGGCUGAAUCUUUCCAGGGGUUGGGUCCUUCAAAGGCUUCUCUCCCCUCGUAGCGAGAGUGGGGCCAGGAGCCUGGCCGUACAGGGCUCUGCCUAGAGCCGCCAUGGCGGGGAGUUCUUAGUCUCCUACCCCCAGAUCCUAAGAGCCCAGACACCUCCAUCUUACAGCAGCCCUGCCCACCCUGGCCUUUCAUUCAGCUGCAGCCAGGGCCAGAGUGUCUGGCCGGGUUCGCAGUGCACCCCUCUUCCCAGGAGCUGCACGCCCGGCAUUGUCCAGAGCCACUGUGGACUCGGCUCCUAGAACUGCUUUGGUUCCAGCUCCGGGGGAUGGGGGGGCUUUGUACUGGCCCUGGCCCAGCAGAGAGAUUAGUCACCUCCCCCACGUGGGACCAGCCAUGCAGCAGGCCGAGGAGCUCCCCAGCUAGGCUCCGUCAGUAACAGGACCUGCUCCGCGCCCCUCUCUGCAAUGGGCAGUCUCCCCGCAUCCCGUCCCAAGGCUGCGGCGUCGUCCCCCAGCCAGGCACCCUCUCCCCUAGCAGGUACCCCAGACGUUUUUCUGAAGCUCCAGGUUUCUCCCUGGCUGAUGGGCCCUUUUCCCCUCCCCUGAGGCCAAACUCCACCUCUGCUUGCUCGGGAUAAAGGAGUCGUGCGCUCUCGCUCCCUCUAGAACCAGUGCCAAGAAUCACAGUGUAAGAAAUAAUCUACUUUUAAAGAGACAUCUAACAGGUUUUAAUACCAUAACGAGUGUAAUUAUCUUUCUCUUCUGUUUCAUCAGUUGACAGCCCUGGCUGCGUUCUAUAACUCAUACUGUGAAGACAAAGGUGUUUUGAUUCAGAAAUAAGAAAUCUCCAUAGUCUUACUUUGUACAAAAAAUAAAUAAAAAUCCUCAAACUUUAACCUUUA